UACUGGUUUUUUGUAUCCAGCGUAAAUUUAUGAGCCAUACUGCUUUUGACACCGGUAUGCACAUAUGACAAACUCUACUGCACAUUUUAAGUUUAGUACAUGUAAUUUCUAUUCAUGAAGUAGGACCUUCUGUAAAUUGUUUUCCCAUCCCAGCAGGAACCACCCAGUGUGCAUCGCUCAGCUACUGACAGUGAUGGCGACUAUUGUAAUGGAGAGAAUCGGGCGAGUGUUCAUCAGCCUGCGGCAGAUCAGGGAGCUUCCCCGGAUGCUGACUGAGGCUGCACCCUCCAUGCCCGGCACUUUAAGAGACACUGAGGUUCCCUACUACUUCAGGGAGCGCUACAUCUGCACCGGCUACCGACCACUGCACCAAAACUGGCAGUACUACUUCCUGUCCUUAUUCCAGCGCCACAAUGAGACCAUCAAUGUGUGGACUCACCUGCUGGCCUUUUUAGUUUUUCUGGUUAAAUUGCGGCAACUCGCUGAGACUGUGGACUUUGUUCACGAUCCUCAUUCGUGGCCCCUGUUGGUUCUCAUCCUGUCCUCCUUGAUAUACUCAGCAUUCAGUGCAGCAGCUCACCUACUGGGUGGCAAGUCUGAGCUGUAUCACUACAUCUUCUUCUUUCUGGACUAUGUUGGGGUAGCACAGUAUCAGUAUGGCAGUGCUGUAGUUCACUUUUACUAUGCGGUGGAUGAGAGUCUGCACAGACAUGUGCAUGGGAUCUUUAUGCCCCUUGCCACAGUUCUCAGCUGUGUGACAUGCCUGGGAUGCUGCUACGGCAAAUACUGCAACCACAACCUACAACCAUGGAUGCUUAAACUGGGCCAAGUGGUUCCCUCAGCAGUUGCCUUUAUUUGGGACAGCAGUCCUGUGGCUAAAAGACUCAUGUUGUGGUCCACAGCCACCAGUGACCCAGCCGUUAUCUAUUACUUUGGCCAGGUGGCUUUCUUUUUCAGCUGUGCCUUCUUCUUCACAUAUCCUCUGCUAGAGCACUGCUUCCCUGGGCGAUGUGAUUUCAUGGGACAGAGUCAUCAGAUGUUUCAUGUUUUUUUAUCUUGUGGCACAAUGUGUCAGAUACAUGCCUCCCACCUGGACUUUGUGGGCCGUAGAAAAUUAUACUCACACCUACAUAAGAGCGGUGAGGCUGCUCUGUUUGUGGGACUUUAUGUGGUCACUGUGGUUGUAUGUGUGCUAAUUGUUGCCUUCAUGCUGCGGAAAGUAAAACAAGCCUUUGACUCAAAAACCAAGUCCAAAUUUGCAUAGAAAAGUUUCUAUAUGUUCUUACAUGCUUGACUAUUACUUGGCCAGGCAGGGUAAUUUCUGGUAGUCUCUACUGGCUCACUGGCAACCUCAAGGUAACAACACAACACGGUCAUGAAGUAGUACUGCAUGUAACCUCCCGUGAAACAUGUGUUUUUAAGUGGCGGUCACACCAGGAUGUAAAACCAGCUUAUCUUAGACUGCCGGGAGCAUGGUGAUAUCGUGACCACUCAGUAGGUAAGUUGGUUCUGUCAGUUUGGGCUAGCAUUAUUCCCAGAACUUCUCUUUUAUUUCUUUUUUCUUUUUGCUGUGCUGUUUAUUGCCAACUUGCGUUUUGCUCUGUAUUGAAUGGUUAUUCAACUGGGACAAUAAAACCCUUUAUGUUAACUGUCA